AUGGAUCCGGUCGUGGCACUGCCAGUGAAGAUUCAGCCUGGGCUGCUGAGACCGCUCGCGUAUCGCGUUUUAUCCAAAAAGUAUGGAUUGAAUAUCAAAUCCGAUGGGCUAGCAGCUUUGGCAGACUACAUAGGAAACAGGUUCGGCAUGAACUGGAGGAAGGAUAGCGGAACAUUCAAAUUCCUAGAGCAGUUUGCUGCGAUUUGGGAUCAGCAAGAGAGAGGGCUUUUCAUUGACAGGGUCGGAGUUGAGGAGGUCAUCAAAGAAGUUAAAGAGCGGUCCAAAGCUAGUCAAAUUCCGAAAAAGGUUGCUGGAGAGGAAUCACAGUCUUCUGUGAGGCCGAAGACUCUCGACAACUUUUUGGCAAACCGCCAGCCCUCAGCAGCAGAGCAGAACAUCUUGCCAAGUUCUCUGGUAGCUCCGGACGUUGAUCAAGAUGUUACAGAUGUCACAGAGGAAGCACAGAGAAUGGAAGUUGACGAACCUGCCUUGCCUACUGACUCCGGAGACCUUGACUGGCAAGAUCACUUCAAAAUUAUCGACGCUUUCGCACAGCAAAACUUUAUUUAUGACCACACGACAAGACAGUACCGCCUCAAAGGGCAGCGGGCUAGAAAGGUGAUACCCCAGGCCGAAUCGAACGUAGCGAUGUUUGCGAAUCGAUACCAUGUGGUCAAAGAUCGGGUAAUGAGGAAUGAUCUCUUUCAAGGGCAUGGCGACACUUUCAAUCCUCUUUCAUCAAUUGCAGGGCCAAUGAGCAGUGGGCCAGGUAGUUUCUCUUCCCAAAACAUGACUAUCACUCAAAUCAAAAACCUGCUUGGAAGAGACGGCAGAAGCUUUUUGUUGUUGGGCCUCCUCAGACCGAACUACAAAGGUGGAUGGUCUUUAGAAGAUCCCUCCGGUUCUGUGGAAGUUGAUUUGUCCCAAGCCAUCCCUACGGUAGGUACAUUUUACGUUUCAGGAUGUAUACUGUUGGCAGAGGGAAUCUAUUUCUCAGCUGGGCAUAAGUUUCACGUCGCAUCACUGGCGCAUCCACCUGGUGAAAGAAGGGAAGCAACUAUGGACGCCAUUGGCAACUUGGACCUGCUGGGGGUUCAUCAGCAGUCGAGCCCCAAUUACAUAUCAAGAAUCGACAAGGAUCUUAAGAUUCGGAUGCACCUCUUGGAAAGGGAAUUGACAGACCAUAGAUUUGCCUUUCUCGGCGGUGACCUUUUCUUGGAUCAACCUCAAAUUCUAGAAGCACUACGCAAGGUCUUCGCCAAGUUAGAGGGGGACCCGCCAACGAUGAUGGUCCUUCAGGGUUCUUUCAGUUCUGCUCCCCUUUUCCCAGUAAUGAGCAGCAAAAAUAUCAGCGCCACAUCGGCCUACAAAAACAAUUUCGACGCAUUAGCACUGCUACUUUUGAACUUCGAGCGACUUAUAAAUGAGACAACAUUUGUCUUUAUACCCGGGAACAAUGACCCCUGGUCUUCCACUGUGAGCUUAGGAACUGCUGGCGUGUGGCCUCAGAAACCUAUUCCCGGAAUUUUCGCUCAACGUAUCAAUAGAGUGUGCAAAAAGAUCCACUGGGGCUCUAAUCCUACACGGGUUGCCUACCUCUCUCAAGAACUGAUUUUAGUGAGGGAUGAUAUUAACGGUAGGUUCAAGCGUCACAAUAUUGCAUUUCCCGCCAUAAUGGAUGAUGAAGAGUACGGAGGCGAAGUUGCUGAUUCUGCCCUUGCACAAGAUGCCUUAAUGCCUGAGUUAAAUGACAACUACGAAGGAAUUGACCAACUGGUCAAGUCCCAAGAUCAAUUAGCUGCCAGCGUUCAAGAAUCACGAAGAUUGGUAAAAACCAUCCUUGACCAAGGACACAUAUCCCCAUUUGUCAGUUCUACCAGGCCUGUAAUAUGGAAUCUCGAUCACACUUUACAUCUCACGCCCAUUCCUAGUCUUAUGGUUAUCUGUGAUACUACGGCCUCACAGUUCGAAGUUACUUAUAAUGGCUGCAAGUCUGUCAACGUUGGAAGUUUUCUAUAUAAAAGGAGAGCGAGAUAUGUUGAGUAUCGACCUUCCUCUAGAAAAGUAGUUCGAGAAGAGGUUUACUUUUAA